GCUAAAAACCCGGAAGUAGGUUUCUCGAAGCAUCCUUUAGUUUUGUACGCGGGUGCCGUGGGGUCCCUUCAGUUUCUCCGCCUGUGCUCCCACAGAUCCUCCAGCCUCCUCGAAUUCCCGCCCUUUCUCAACCCGUUUCACUUUUUAAUACCGCUGAGCUCUUCCCGGCCCUAUAACAAAAAAAAAAAAAAAGGCAAGCCUCUAUUCAACUUGACGUUCCCUUUGAUUGGCUGGUGGAGGUUUCUGCCGCUGUUUUUCAAGAAGCAGAAACGGCAGGGGAGGGAGGCCGGCCGGCGGGCCGGUGAUUGCGACUCAUUUCUCCCUGAUCCUUGGGUCGCGGGGUGCGCGAGCCUAGAAUAGGAGCGAUUCCAACAGUCUGAGCGCGCGGCAGGACAGAGGAGCGGGUGCGCGUGGGAGAGGGCAAGCAGAGAUACUGGCGCGGAGCUCCAUCAGGUAGCAAGUGAGCGCGCGAGGGGGAAGGGGUAAAGGACGGGCAGGGGGGAGAGCGAGAAGCCUCGUGCCGAAACGAACACGGAAAUGCAGCCAAAAUCCCGGCACUACCGAUAGCAGACGCUAAGCUUUCCUUUCUGCCGUGUCCCCCUUUCUAAAGCCACAACCCGCAGUCCCUUGUUUUAGGUUAUGCUUUCUCCGCUUAUUCCCAAAGCCUGCGUUGCCAUUUCUGUUCUUUCAGUGCUGUUAAACGGACGUUCCCGCUUGACUAUUCCCUUUUCCGGGUUCCCUUGUUAGAUGACCUGGGGCGACACACCUCCUUACAAGUACAGCUCAUCCAAUUGUUAGGUUCCCUCCCAUUUCUCUGUACCCACAGGGAGGUUUCUAUAGCCCCUCCCCUCUUAAAGUCAAUGGAAUAUCCUCAGAAGCAGGACGGUACUUGCCCGAGCUGUGAACUGGCAGCAGAGGACUGUGCAGAUAUGAGCACCAGGAAAAUAGCUCUCAUCACUGGCAUCACCGGCCAGGAUGGCUCAUACUUGGCAGAGUUCCUGCUGGAAAAGGGCUAUGAGGUACAUGGAAUUGUUCGUAGAUCUAGCUCUUUUAACACAGGACGGAUUGAACAUCUCUACAAGAACCCACAGGCUCACACAGAAGGAAAUAUGAAACUACAUUAUGGUGAUCUGACAGAUAGUACUUGCUUGGUGAAAAUAAUUAAUGAAGUGAAGCCCACUGAAAUUUACAAUCUUGGAGCACAGAGUCAUGUUAAAAUAUCUUUUGAUUUAGCAGAAUAUACAGCAGAUGUUGAUGGAAUUGGCACUUUACGAUUGCUAGAUGCUAUCAAGACAUGUGGUCUCAUAAACUCUGUAAAAUUCUAUCAAGCCUCAACAAGUGAACUUUAUGGAAAAGUGCAAGAAAUACCUCAAAAGGAGACUACUCCAUUUUAUCCCAGAUCACCAUAUGGGGCAGCCAAGCUCUAUGCGUAUUGGAUUGUGGUAAAUUUCAGGGAGGCCUAUAACCUCUUUGCUGUGAAUGGUAUUCUUUUCAACCAUGAGAGUCCCAGGAGAGGAUCCAAUUUUGUAACUCGAAAGAUUAGUCGUUCAGUUGCUAAGAUCCACCUGGGACAAUUGGAAUGCUUCAGUUUGGGCAAUUUAGAUGCCAAGAGAGACUGGGGUCAUGCCAAGGACUACGUUGAGGCAAUGUGGCUAAUGUUGCAGAUAGAUGAACCAGAGGAUUUUGUAAUAGCCACUGGUGAGGUCCACAGUGUCCGUGAAUUUGUGGAGAAGGCAUUUCAGUACAUUGGUAAAAUUAUUGUGUGGGAAGGAAAGAAUGAGAACGAAGUGGGCCGAUGCAAAGAAACCGGCAAGAUUCAUGUGACAGUUAAUCAUAAAUACUACAGACCAACGGAAGUAAGCCCAGUGGCAAGAAAGAAAAAAAGCAUUUGUAGAAAAAACAAACAGCAACCUAGAUUGUGCUUUGAACUUAGAUUCCUGCCAGGCUGCACUCCAGCAGAAGCGGAAAAGCAGCAAUGGCCAUGUUUGACUUGGAUUUUCUUCAAGGCGAUUGUACCAAAGCAAAGCAAAAACUAAAUUGGAAACCCAGUGUCACUUUUGAUGAGCUGGUGAAGGAGAUGGUGAAAGCAGAUGUGGAACUGAUGAGAAAUAACCCCAAUGCAUGAAUCUGCCCCUCUUUUCCUACUUGCUCCAUCAGUUUUAGCUGAAGCUCCAGGGAUGACGCCUAAUGAUGAAUCAUCUACAGGACAUUGGUGGGGAUGGAGUUGCUAAGCUUCAAUGGUGUUAGAUGAUUUGCUGCUGCCAUUUUAUUUCCCUGUGCUUUCACAAUGGAUCGGUCCUUUUUUUUCAAAUUA